CUCUUUUCCGAAAAGUUUGGCAAGUCAUCGAGUUGUUGUUCUGAUACAUUUGCUGCUCAAGGCUCACCGCUCUGUUUGAUGUACUGCUGUACCACCAGCUCUGGCAUCUAGCCUCAUUGUCAUCUGAUUGACUGCCUGCUCUGCUGCCCCACACUCUUGUCAUUGCCGGUGGUGGACGCUUUAAGGUAUGCUGUCUACCAGACGUAGUGCUGUUUCUAGCCUUCCCCAACGCCUGAUCCCCAGGCCGGAGGUUCCCAUGUGUCACAUAGCCUUGCCCUUACUGGCUCGGUUGAACGCCUUUUGCGAGGAAUGAAAUGCUCGACCCGUCGGAGACUCUCCUAUGCAGGCCGUAGUAGAAAAGGUUCUUUGCCACAAUGUUCAGACAUCCUGGAUCGUGGCGAUGAUACAAAACCGUGGUCUGUACAGCAUCUGAAAAUGCGGGGUUCGGAGGAUCUCCGCGCCACGACCAAGAUUGAGAACGAUCGUACUGAGGAGCCUUCCUACCACUGCUGGACAUGAGUAUGGAUCACGACUCAUACCGGCUCGGAUCUCUUGGUCAUGACCUGCCCAGACAGCCUGUCCCGAGACAGCACGCUUCGGCGUGAGGUCUUCAUUGUCGGGCCGUUCGAGGACAUCAUACCGUCAGAGUCUCACAAGCCUGCAAGCAAGCUACAUGUUGACGUGCAUGCGGAAAACAGGCUAUACUGCCCAAGUCUAGCGCUGUCCGACGGAACAGGGGAUUGGUCGGUGUCAAAGGCAACAGCCGGCCGAAUUCAUGUCAGUCGGGGCAGACAAGCAUAGAUGGUGCAAUCGGGCUUUGUGGGAUCGUCAAGAUAUGGUCGUGGACCCUCUACACUGCAUUGCCCAAGCGCGGCAUGAAGAUAACAUUCUGAGAGGCUGGCGACCGUUCAUUUAGAGGGAAACAUUAGGUGUUUUGCUGUUCGUCCAGUGCUGCGACGUGGUCACUUUCACCUGACCACAUGGUUCGACCAUUGGCAAAUAUUGCGUGCUUUACAUCAAUGCUAAGUAGUGCGAGACAAGGGUGACCUUGGAAGGAUUGUGGGGGACACAGUAGGUAUAGAAGGAGGGCUGGCUUUCCAUGGGACAGCGUCUUUUCAAACGAAGAGAGAAUACCUUACCAGUGUAUUUACCACACCGGUAAGAACGUCCACUAGGGCUUGUUCGCCUUGCAACUAAGAUCCCUACCAACCUACCUAGGUAGGUAGGUAAGGGUGGUGAUUAUUGUGUCAAAGUGUAGGGGUUUCAAUCUGAGGGAAACGAGAUUUGAAGAUCUCGCUUUGCAGCAGUUGUUUGUGAUAAGCUGUGUCGGCUCCGUCGCCAACCACGUGAUACGGGCCGCAAGCGCCGUUCAAGGCUCUUGCUUUGAUUGCGGUCCCAUUUCAAUCUCCUUGCGUCUCCGCUCGUGUGCGUGGAUAGGAAUCAUCACAGGCGACAUGGAGAUGUUUACGCAUGUGGCCAAAAGCUUAUGCAUAUCAACAUGGAGCAACAAAACAAUAAUCAAACAACAAUGUCAAAUAGAUCCGUGACUUCCCGGGGAAGAGCCCAACGAAUUGACUGAGGCAACGUCAAGUUGAACCCGCUGCAACAGCGCCUGAGCGUCCUCAGCCUGGCCGGACUUCGGAUCAGUGGACCGUUCAGACCAUCCUGGAUUGUAGACCCUUCAGAUGCCACGAGGACCUCUGUACACGACCGCAAUAGGGAAUACUGUAUACAAUGUAGAUAUGGAUGGAGGUGCAUUCAGUGGACUUUGAUUUGGCAGGGUACGCUGUGAUAUACUAGUAGUACGGUGACCUUGGAUCCUGCAGUGGCAUACAAUGUAUAUUUACUGUGAAUGCCUGAGCCGCAGCACACGUCCUGUAUGAACCACGGUAUGUUGUUGUGCAUGGGCAGAAGAUGUUGAGGACUCGGCGUCCGAUUCAGGCAGGACACCAUUCCUAGGUACGCAGUUCGUGGUCGAUCCGAUCUCCUCCCGAAGCAGAGCGGACGCCCGCCGACGGAGCACCGCAGUAUUUCUGGCAAAGUCGACAUCUCUACAACAACUGGAAUAAUAUAUAUAUCAAGCGGACGACAUCCAGAGUUUCUUGAGCGGAUAGUCCUCCCCUUCAGGUCUUUUACAGAAUCCUACUGGUUGCCAUUUCCUGGUUGGGCAACCUUGUGUUGCGCAGACCGACAAUAGUAGUGCAUGAUGAGGUUUGUACAUCACUGACAGUCUUGUUCUAGAAACAAGAAUACCCCAUAUGAUAUUUCUAUUUGCCCUGUCAAACCCCAGCGCAGGUAUGCGCAACUAUCACCCACAGCUAGGGCGGAUUUUCGGCGACCGUUUCGAUGGGGGAGAUACAUCGGCACAAGGGGACGGCAGUAACAGUGUCGGCCCCCAAGUUCGUCAAUAAUCAGCAUCAUGAUUUGGCGGUUCAUUCUAUGGAGUCUUCUUUGCUCUUGGUGCCACUCCUAUUCCGGCUGAGGCCUGGGGGCUUAUGGAAGAUUUUCUUGACUGGCCGCAGUGCGACUACCCCAGAGCUCCAGAGCUUGGGGCACAUUGGACCAAUACUACAAUGUCCCGAUGGGGACCACCUUGCUGGCCGUUCGGAGCAACCCCAAACCGACCUUAGCACCGAUUGCGCAUCGUCAAUCUACCUCGGGUAUUAUUCGAGUCAGUUGUAGAGAUGCCUCCGCGGGUUCGCCGCCAGCCAAAAUGCGGUUCAGCCGUUUCCAGACCUCAGCUGUCCGCCCAAGCUGGAUUAUGCUUUGCAGGUUCUGAGUCUCAGUGAGUUGUGAAUUAAAGCAUUAUAUUUAUCCCGGGAGCCGUCCAACAUCCGACUCAGGAUUGCUCGAGAGCAGUCUCCAGCAGCAUCAUAACCUUCCGCGAGCGACGUAGCGUUUGAUCUCCCGCCUUCCUUCUCCUCGUCCUACGAUUACAGCUUAGCAUCUCGCCCAACCAUGGUGUUCUAUCCUCCUCCAUGGCUACCAAAGCUGCCCAAAGUCCCGGACACAGUCCCGAUCUGCGACUUCAUGUUGGAUGAGAAGCACGGGCGGCGGCCGAUCUCUGACUCGUGGGAUGCCUAUACCGAUGCCAUAAGCGGCAGGAGCAUCACGGCUCGGCAGCAGAAGGAAAAUGUUGACAAGCUGGCUCGGAGCCUGGCCAAGGAGUUCGGAUGGAAGGUCAACGAGGGCAGCGAAUAUGACAAAGUUGCUGGUGUCUUUGCGCUCAACACGAUUGAUAUCAUGACUCUCAACUGGGCAAUUCAUCGUCUCAACGGUGUCUCCUCUCCCGCAAACGCCGCCUACAAUGCGGACGAGCUCCGAUACCAACUCACCAACUCGGGAUCCAAGGUGCUCUUCACGGUCAUGCCUCUCCUUCAGACCGCCCUGGACGCGGCCGCCAAAGCCAACAUUCCCAGAAAGCACAUCUACAUCUGUGAAAUGGCCAACGACCCUCCGAUCCCCAAAGAGUUCAAGACUUUGUCCCAGUUGAUCAAGGAAGGCGAGUCUCUGCCUGAGCUCGAACCCAUCAAAUGGUCCAAGGGUCAAGGCGCGAGACAAACGGCCUUUUUGUGUUAUUCCAGUGGAACUUCUGGUCUACCGAAAGGAGUCAUGAUCUCUCACCGUAAUGUAAUUGCAAACACGAUGCAGAUCGCCUUGUUCGACAAAUCCGCCCGAGAGGCCAUCGCUCCCGACUACCACGACGUGGCACUGGGUUUAUUGCCUCAAUCUCACAUCUACGGCCUGAUUGUCAUCUGCCACUGUUCGACCUACCGUGGCGACCGAGUGAUUGUGCUCCCGAAAUUCGACCUGCAAGCUUAUCUCCGUGCGAUCCAGGAGUACAAGAUCUCCACUUUGUACAUUGUACCGCCGAUCAUCAUCGCCAUGGUCAAGAAUCCCGAUCUGCUCAAGAAAUUCGACCUGUCCAGCGUGCUGUCCAUCUUCACCGGCGCUGCACCGCUGGGCAAGGAAACCGCCGAGGAUCUGGCACGGCAGUAUCCCUCCUGGAAAGUGAGACAAGGUUACGGUCUGACCGAGACCUGCACCGUCGUAUGUUCGUCCAGUCCGACUGAUAUCUGGUUCGGGUCCUCUGGAUGUCUGAUCCCGGGCAUGGAGGCCAAGGUCAUGAGUGUCGAAGGGAACGAGAUCACCGGCUACGGCCAGCGCGGAGAACUGCUGGUCAAGUCUCCCAGCGUUGUUCUGGGAUAUUUGAAGAACGAAAAGGCGACCAUGGAGACUUUUGUAGACAUGCCCGAAGGCCGGUUCAUGCGGACUGGAGACGAAGUCGAGUUCAGAGUGUCUCCCAAGGGUAACGAGCAUGUCUGGGUGGUGGACCGUAUCAAGGAACUGAUCAAAGUCAAGGGUCUCCAAGUCGCGCCCGCCGAGCUGGAAGCCUGCUUGCUCAAUCACCCUGCUGUCGCCGACUGCGCCGUGAUUCCUGUGCCGGAUGAUCGGGCGGGUGAACUGCCCAAGGCAUACGUGGUUAAGGCGAAAUCCGUCGGAUUGGAAGAGAGCGAUGCCAUGAUCAAGCGGAGUAUUGCAAAGCAUGUCGAGAAAGAAAAGGCCCGCCACAAGUGGCUUGCUGGCGGUAUCGAGUUCAUCGAUGUCAUUCCAAAGAGUCCGUCCGGCAAGAUCUUGAGGAGAUUGUUGCGCGAUAAGGACAGGGAGGCCCGAAAGAACGUCGGUGCUAAGCUUUGAACGUAUCUCUGUCUCUGCGUAUAUACAUAUAUCCAAAUUUGAUCAGCGUCGGAUCAACUCCAUUUUAGCAAGUAAAUGUUCAAGCACACAUUACGGAGAGAUCCGCACUGUUGUGCUCCGAGAACUGCUGCAGCCUUGCAAUUCAAGACCUUUGAUUUGGAUAAUAUACAACCCGAGCGGAUUGGAAACACCCGCCUUCCUCAUCUCAAACCGGAACGCCCACCUGUGGACUCGUCUCACUCACAUUCGG